UGGACUUCGUUGUGUUUUGAAUAACUUUCGAUAGGAAUGAGAUAGAGAUCUCCGACUCUGUUGCGACUCAUGUUGCUAAGACCUUAAGAUAUGUUUUUGUAAGCAGAAACGUGUUUCAAAAUUUUCUAGAAGUCCAAUUUUUUCAGGCCACUUUGGAAAACCAGUUCCGUUCUCAGAAAACUAGCAUACAGUGUUAGUAAUUUUUUUAGAUGCGCGGGUAGUCCAUUUGUUACUCUACAAAAUUAUGCAAGUCCCAGCUCUCCAGCUAUCGUCGUUCGGAGAGGGUUCGCUUUCCCCGAGCAGGUGUCUGUCUCCGAGGAGACAUUCCUGGGAAUCUCGAAAUGCCAUGGACUAUAGGUAAUCGACUACACUGAGCAUGGUGGAAACAUUUGUUUUUGUGAACAAAUGAAUUUAACUUCGCCUGAGGCAGUUUUGUGAAAAACCGGUUUUUCGCCUGUUAACAGCAAAUAUUAAAAUCAUUAUGUCUCGGUCAAAUCUCAUGCUGACUCAAGGAACCUUUCAGGAAAGACUUAAAAGGUACCAUAUAUUGUUGAUCAAGCCGAAAGAUUGUCCAGCAAAACACUGAGGCUUGGGGGGUUUUCAGAGGGGUUCUGGAAAACCUUCAACCAAUGCCUAGCUGAAAUUCGUCUUUUUCGCCUUCAAUUAUGACUUAUGAGUUGUCCUGAGCGUUUCCGUGAGUCAGCAUGAGAUUUGACCGAGAUAUACAGAUUUUAUAUUUGCUGAUAACAGGCGAAAAACCUGUUUUUCACAAAAAUACCUCUGGCGAAGUUAUAUUCAUUUGUACACAAAAACAAAUGUUGCCACUAUGCUCAGUGUACUCGAAGAAAAAAAAUAGAAUUUCCGAUAUAUUAUGAGUUUGGAAAUCUCCAGUUUUCGAGUAAACUUACUUCUUGUACUUAAGGAAUGUUUUUACUAACCCAGUCAAAGGAAGAUAUUUUUAAACACAUAAGCGUCUAAUUGAGUUAAUAUCUUCCCAAAACUUUAGGUUUUCGUUUUCUGACGCAUUGUAUCUUUUGUACCAAAGGAAUUAAUGUUAAUAUCAUGAUUUCAGCGAUUCUUUUAGGAAAUAUUCAAAUGAUGAGCAUUGGCGAAUCAGUUCGAAAAAUUUCUUAUGAUGAAUUUUCAAGUGAUGUUCGUACUGCUAUAACAUAUGCAGUAAAAUAUCUCACACAAGAUGAUUUUGGUUUUAUUAUUCAAAAGGGAACAGCUGCAAGUGCUAUUGCAUUAAUGGACUAUUUUAUAGCGCAGAAAGAAGCUUUAUGUGGUUACUCAAUCGUAGCGGAUCGUGAAGGGAUUAGGGAAUGUGUUAUGGGUUCUCAUCAGCAAAAUGAGAUGGAUUAUCAUGCCGAAAAAGAUGGAUUAAUCGGUGCCAUGUCU